CAUAUCUCCAACAUUUCCCAUCGCGACCUCGUAGCGACAACAUCGUGUUUAAUCGUUCACAACUGUUCUAUCGUUGCGUAGCAUUUCAAAGUGCGGUAGUGCGUUUGAUUUCCUCUGGAAUUUGUGCGUGAUUCACCUUUAUUCAAGUCAUCAUGAAGGCAGUAAUAGCUCAAGUAUGCGCCGAGACAGCUGUAGCCGCUGGCAGAGUCGCCAAAUCCAAACAGAAAGACGUGGAAAACGAAGAAAUCCAAAUGUACCUUAGCAAGUUAAAGGAUCUAGUACCUUUCAUGCCGAAAAACAGAAAGCUUUCCAAACUGGAAGUGAUCCAACACGUUAUAGACUAUAUUUGUGAUCUUCAGUGUGCGCUGGAGACGCAUCCUGCCGUGGGGGCUUUUGAUGCUCAAUCGGUGCUGAGUCAGAAGAAAUCGCAGGCGGCUGUGAGUCCCAGACAACCUUUGGGAGUGAGGCAGAGUCCGAACACCAUCCUCAGUCCUUGUGAGGCUCCAAUAGUACAAACAUUAACGACGACGGAAGCUCUAACACCAUCAGACAGACCGAGGUCCAGCUAAAUCCCGACAAUGGAACAUUGGAAAUUCUAAGAAAAAAAACGUAUGGUUUUUCGUUCCAGACCACCAAAAUUUAAUGUAUAUACAUCUUCAUAGACCAUCGAUAUAUUUAAGCCCGUGUUGGGCUUCUAUAUUUAUCAAAAAUCAAAUGGGACUGACUGAACCUUAUAAAAGAUAAUGAAUAUAAUGACGUAGCGUGUGCAUGAUGCACACAGACAGAGGAAAUGCUGACUUGUUGUUGUGGUUUGAGUUUUUCCUGUUAGAUCACUGAAUGAUUUGAUUGUUUACGUAAUAAUUACGGUACCUGUUCCGUUGCAAUUUGUUAUUUAAAUAGAUGUUUAUUAGUUUUCAAAAAAAAUUGUAAUAAGAGUAUUUCAAAUUUAAAUGUCUUAUUUUUUACUUUAUCAUUACAGGGCAUUAUGAUUGCUAACACCAUACAAUUUAAAAAAAAACAUCUAAAGCUUUAACAUUUUGUAUAAAAAAUUGCCCCAAAAUAAUGAUAAAGUAAAAAAUAGUAUGUUAAUAUACAAUAAUGCCUAUCGUGUGACAAAAGCAUUUACUGUCAACACCUGGGCACUGUUGUCUUAUUAUGUAAAAAUAACAAUAUUUUAAAA